AUGGCUCUCAGCCGAUACGAUGGCUGCGGUGAAACCAAACUGGACUGCGUCUCUCCUGGUGGUGUUUGUUUCGACCCGCGCUUUGUUGGUGGAGAUGGUGUCACUUUCUACUUUCACGGUCGGAAGGACCAAGACUUCUGUCUAGUUUCGGACACAAACCUCCAUAUCAAUGCUCACUUCAUAGGAAAGCGAAAUCCAAACCUCAAGAGAGACUUUACUUGGGUGCAGUCCCUCGGAAUAAUGUUUGACAACCACAAAAUUCUAGUUGGGGCUCAAAAGACCUCGAAAUGGAAUGACAAUGUCGAUCAUGUCGUCAUGUCCUUUGAUAACACAACCAUCUCCCUUCCCCCCAAUGAAGGCUCCAAGUGGAAUUCUCUGGUCAUGCCCUCUGUCACUGUCACACGGACCAGCAACACCAAUGGGGUCAUGGUUGAAGUUGCCAAUAAUUUUAAGGUUAUUGCGACUGUGGUACCUAUCACGGCUGAAGAUUCUAGGGUUCAUAACUACAACAUAACAGAUGAGGACUGCUUUGCUCACUUGGAGAUCGGUUUCAAGUUCUAUAAUCUUACUGAUAUAGUGGAUGGAGUUCUGGGCCAGACCUAUAGGAGGGAUUAUGUGAGUAAAACAAAGGUCAAUGUGCCAAUGCCAGUAAUGGGUGGUCAACAAAGGUUUUCAACUUCAAGUAUCUUCGCAACUGAUUGCUCGGCGUCUCGAUUUGGCCUGAAUACUAAUCGGAGAGAUGGGGUAGCUGAAUACCCAAUCUUGCAUUGUUCUAGUGGAAUGAAGGGAAGUGGAGUGGUUUGCAAAAAGUAG